AUGUUUGAUAAAAGUUUUAAUUAUUUCAUUCCAAAAACAAGUUCGAAUAGUGAUAAUGAUUAAAGGGAAAAAAGAGAAUCAAAAAAAUAGUUUAGAUAUGUAUCUGUUAAUAAAAUCAGGCCAUCUGAAAAAGAUAAUUAUAUUCCUCUUGUAAGUCCAUAAUUAUCAGCCUAUGCUAAACCAAGUGAAAGGAUUAAAUUAUAACAAAAAUUAAUGAGAGCUAGAUAAAAUAGAUCACUUAAUUUAUAUUCAGGGAAACACGAUUCUUUUAAUAUAACUCCAAAUUGUUUUUUAAAACAUUAUACAGAUGAUUCAUAAUUAACUAGUGAGGAUUAAUUAUUAAAGAUAGUUGGAGGUCAACUCUUCUCAACAGGAGAGAAAUGUUAAUCAGUUUAAAGGAAAUAUAGAAGGAAGCCUAAGAGUAAAAUUAUAAUAAUAAGUAUUGUAGCUCAUAGAAAUAUAUUUUCAUUGUACGUUCAAGAAUCAUUAGAACUAAAUCAAUUAAGAAAAAAAAUGAAUCCAUAACUCAUCAAUAGUAGAAUGGAUUCUCAUAUAGCAUAAAGAUUUAAUAAGACAUAAAUUGGAUUUAACAAUUCUUUUGAUUCAAAUUAAUAUGGGUUUUUAUAGUAGGGAAAAAGAUGUUAAAUGUAAUAAAAGUUCAAAGAUUACUUAAAUUGA